AUGUCCGCUGCCUCGUCCGCCGCGUUCCCCCUGAACCAUGCGCACCUGCUCCUGCGACGGCUGCUCAAGCUCCACCCCCAGGCGAGCUCCGUCCCCGCGCUGCAUUACAUCUACCUGGCCGGCGAGACGGUACAAUCGCGCCACGACACGGACCGUGAGCUCCCCUUCCGCCAGGAGUCCAACUUUGCCUGGCUCAGCGGCGCAUGCGAUGUGCCCGGUUCGGCGCUCACGAUAAAGUACGAGCAUCAGGGCGGUGGCAUCGAGCUGGACGAGGCCAAGGUCGAGACCAAACUACAUCUGCCUGCCAUCAACCCCGAUGAAGUCAUGUGAGUAGCCAUGAACAAGCGCCCUGAAAGCAGUGUAGCGUGUCCUCUGCGCCUCCCCGGAUCCCGCCCUGAUUGGAGCUAACUUUUCUCGGCAACUUUCGCUUCGAUCCGAAACCGCUUCCGAACGGCGGGCCAUUCUCACAGGUGGUGCGGCUUACCACCUUCACCCGCGGACUUGUCGACGUCCCUACACUUCACCUCGAUCGAGCAAGGCUGGACCCCGAUCUCGUUGUUCCCGCCCCAAUCGCCUCUCAAGACCUUCAUCCACCACCUUCCCUGGACCCGCCCUCCGACGGCGCUCGUGUCCCGCAUCAACGGGCCGACAGCAACCUCCGAGUUCCUGAUCAAGGCGCUCCACGAGGCGAGGAGGAACAAGACGCCCCAGGAGAUCGAAUGGAUGAGAAAGGCGAGCGAAAUCACCGCCGGAGCCCACUUGGCCCUGAUGAAGGGAAUCGGUAGCGGCGAGAUCAAAAACGAAAAUCAUGCCGAGGCCGUAUUCGUCGGCCACUGUAGAAAGCAAGGGUAAGUUUCAGGAUUUGAGGGUAAUGUGAGAUAAAAAUAUAGCUGAACGAACCUUCUGACGGUGUCUCGCGAGUAGUGCUGUGCACCAAGCGUACACACCCAUCAUGGGCUCGGGCGAACGAGCGGGGACGCUCCACUACGUUGCCAAUGCGCAACCCUUCCCCGACACCCAGCCGGGGGCCUUGAUUCUGGUUGAUGCCGGAGCAGAAUACAACUGCUACGCGGCAGACGUUACAAGGUGUACACCUGUAAGCUCGCAAGUGUUUCCAUGAUCUGGUCCGAGAUCUGAGCUGAAUGGUGCUCGUACAUCUGGUCGAUCGGGAUAGAUCGGAAAUGGAGGCAGAUUCGCGAAAGAGUGCAAAGAGAUCUACGAGCUCGUCUUGGAGAUGCAGAUGGUGAGUAGGAUAGGCUGUCGACUGCGGCCACAUGGUCAAGCUGAGCGUGCACCGUUCAUUUUUCGCAGGCCGCCUUUGAGAUGGUCAAACCCGGAGCAUCCUACGAGGACAUCCAACUCAAGAUGCACGAAGUCGCCGCCAAGGGCCUCCUUCGAUUGGGUCUCUUCAAACCCUCCCCGUCCUCUUCUUCGCCAUCCGAGACCGAAACGAUCCAGUCGAUUCUCGAUUCAGGCUUGACCACCGCUUUCUACUCGCACGGCGUGGGCCAUCUCCUCGGGCUGGACGUGCACGAUGCGGGAGGCCUGCCGCAGGGCAAGUCCAAGCACCCUCUGAUGAAGUACUUGAGAUUGAGGGUUCCGCUGGAAGAAGGCUUCGUUGUGACGAUUGAGCCGGGAGUCUAUUUCAACACCUUCUUGCAAAAGGACUGGAAGAAUUCGCCUUUCGUCGACUGGGACAAAGUGGAGCAGUAUGCGUACGUCGGUGGCGUCCGCAUCGAGGAUAACGUGAGUUGGAGUAUUCUGCUUCUACUCUCGCUUUCCCUGCGACAAGGCUUGGAAAUGACCCCCGUCUCAACCGGAUCCCGAGGCCGCCGCCACUCUGUGAUCAUGCUCACCGACGCUGACCGCGAGCACCCAUGUCUAUACCUCUUCCUCCCGUAGCUGUUGGUGACCAAAAGCGGAUUCGAGAACCUGACACCAUCGUCGCUGCCCAAGACUGUGGCGGAAAUCGAGGCAGUAACAACUUCAAAGGCCUGA